AUGACCGCCCCUCUCCAGACUGCCAUCACCGAGCUCUUCGGCAUCCAGCACCCCGUCAUUCUCGCUGGAAUGAACGUCGCUGCUGGCCCCGGCCUCGCUGCCGCCGUUUCCAACGCCGGUGGUCUCGGUGUCAUCGGCGGUAUCGGUUACACCCCCAAGGUCCUCCGCCAGGUCAUCGGCGAGCUCAAGGCCGGUCUCAAGGACCCCAAGCUCCCUUUCGGUGUCGACCUUCUUCUCCCCCAGGUCGGUGGCUCCGCCCGUAAGACCAACUACGACUACACCAAGGGCCAGCUUGACGAGCUCAUCUCCGUUAUCAUCGAGGAGGGUGCCAAGCUCUUCGUCUGCGCCGUCGGUGUCCCUCCCAAGCACGUCGUCGACCGCCUCCACAAGCACAACAUCCUUGUCAUGAACAUGGUCGGUGCCCCCAAGCACGUCGAGAAGGCUCUUGAGCGCGGUGUCGACAUCAUCUGCGCCCAGGGUGGUGAGGGUGGUGGCCACACCGGCUCGACCCCCUCUUCCAUCCUUUGGGAGGAGUGCGUCGACCGCGUCAAGGGCAAGACCUCGCCUCUGACCGGCAAGCCCAUCUACGUCGUUGCUGCCGGUGGUAUUGCCGACGGCCGUGGCCUCGCCGCUGCUCUCAUGUACGGCGCUCAGGCCGUCUGGGUCGGCACUCGUUUCGUCGCCUCGGUUGAGGCUGGUGCCCCCAAGUACCACAAGGACCUCGUUGUCUCCGCCGACUUCGGUGACACCGCCACCUCGCUCAUUUACACCGGCCGUCCCCUCCGUGUCCGCCGUACCGACUACGUCAAGUCCUGGGAGACCCCCGACCAGGUCAAGAAGAUCCAGGAGCUCACCUCGCAGGGCAAGCUUCCCUUCGAGCUCGCUCUCGCCGAGAACCCUAAGCUCUCCAUUCCCGGCCGCCCCUGGUUAAUGGGAGACGUGAGUGCAAGGAUCAAGAGCGUGCUUUCCGCCAAGGAGAUCAUUGACGAGCUCGUCAACGGCGCGAAGGAGGCUCUCGAGAACGGCAACAAGUUCAUCCGCAACAACGCCAAGCUCUAA